GUAAUUUGUGAAAAAGUUUUCUAUCCAUUCAUCCAAGAUGCAAAAAGUCUCUCAGUUGCGCUCUCCUGCCUUUCUUGUAGACUUAGCAGCUGUAAAAAACAACUGCAAAGUCAUGAUUGAAAAGUGCAAAAGUCUUGGAGUCCAACUAAGAACGAAUAUGAAGACACACAGGACACUGUGAGUAUCAUGAUCUGUAAUUUCUACAGCUUCGAACGGUGGAAUAAGUAAUGUUUAAUACACGAGCGGAAGGGUUUUAUCGGGGUAUAAAGCCACUCGGCGCCCCGAUAAAACCCGACUCGCGAGUUUAUUGAACGGCUUCAGAAACAUUCCUGGAAAAGCGUGUCUCAAUGCAAUGGAGUUGAUAACAAUGACGCUUUUGUGAACGUUGGAAAUUAGCAUACGAAAAACACAUUAUACUACUACACGAGAAAUUUCUGCAAUUUGAUUGGCUUAGAGCAGUGGUAUUUCAGAUUAAUUUGAAAUACCUACAAGUGAAAAUUACAAACCUUGUGUGGGUAGUAGUAUAAACAAAUAAUAGCAUGAUUUGCACGUGAUAUUUGGCAUAAAUACCGCUCCUGAUAACGUAUAACAAUUUUGAAAUAUCACUCGUGGUAUUUAUGCCAAAUAUCACUACAAAUCAUGCUCUUACCUAUACAAAUUAUUAUGUACGAAAAUCAGAUCUCACGCAUGUUUAGAAAUUUUCCAGUCUACGAACUACACUAGCCGAAGAGGACAUAGCGUCUUGUUCCAGAGCUUUUCAGAAGCCUGAAAGUGGCAAGGAAGAGAGGAAGUUAAUUAAAAAUACUAGUACCCCAAAGUCAACUAUUCCACUAAAGGAUUCUUAGAAAAAUUGACUGGAAUAGCCGGAUGGUAGGUAAACAAAAAUCCAGUACUCGAGCCUUGUGUAUUCACAACUGGCAAGUCUUGAGUGCAACACUUGGAAACUGCUAUAGCUAAUAUUACAGCUGUGUCACUGAACUUUGGGCUGAUUAAAAUUGUUGAAAGAACAAAGCUGAAUUUUUUGCAAUAGUAAAUUUACUAUGUGUGUUAUUUUGAAAAAACACUGAAUAUUCACCCACCAUUUGUUGCGUCAGUUGCUCUGCUGAUAAUUAAUAUUCACAGGUCAUGUGCAAUGAAAUAAAGUGUCGUCCUUAUUAGUAUUAUUUAUAUAAAGAAUACUGAUGAGGCUGAAAUAUCUAAAUCAAGAAUAUCAAUGAAGCAAAAUACAAUCAGCCCACCCCUAAGACUGAACUCAAAUGCUGCCCCCAGGCUUUUUAGUUUGACAGUGUUUUUCCAGGGUUUACAACAUGAGCACGUGACAGAUUUUAGCAGACGUGAUAAGUUGUUCAGCUCAUGAAUUAUUAAUGAGUUUUUGAAGGUGUUGAUUGAGGUGUGUGGAUGGGAAAAUGAGGGACUCUAAGCGACACAUCAAUUUAAGUCUGGGAUAAAGCAGGGAGAAUUUUUUGUCUUAAAAGAGACCAUGCGCAUACACCCUGUACACCUGUACAGGCAUGGGUAAAAUUACUUCAUUUUAUUUUAUAUUUUUAUUUAUAUGUUAUAAUUCACAAAGGUUUCCCAUCACUGUGAAUGCCAAGAAAAAAAGAAACAAACAAAAAAACAACAACAAUAAAUAAAUAGUGAAAUAAGAUGAUGAAUAAAAUCAAUGACGGAGAUUAAAAGAAUUAGUAACAGCAGAUUUACAGUCAAACCAGGUCAAGGGAUCCCAUCGCUAACAAACUAAUGAAUUCAUUCACGGAAAAAUGAUUUUUUUGUUGAUUCAGUAAUCCAUUCGUAAAAUGAACAAUCCAAUAUUAAUAUUUAGCCUUGAUUCCAUAAUCGAAUGUUGAUUCAAUUACUGUUUUUUGAAAACUACACUUUCCACAAGUUGACCUCAGAAUUUUGUUUUUUCCUCAUUUUUUCUGAGAGUUGAGUGUGGGCAAGUUCUGAAGUUCAAACCCAAACAAACUGUUACAUGUACGCCAGUUUGCUGCCAGUAAUCAGUGCAACAGACCUAGGCCUGACCUCUUAGAAAACACGACGGCCAAACUGAGGUCAGUGUAUAUGUGGUGAUUGGUGGAUUUCGAUCCUCAGCCUUUGUCAGUCUGGUUGCGUUUGCGUUCUGUCUCUUCUAGCUGUUAUUUUGAUUAAAGGCAAUGAAAAACGCAAUCGUAAACGGUAGGAAGAGGGAAGCAAAUACGAUUGAACACAACAGACAAGAGUAAAGAACAGGUAGAUUUUGUUCAUGAACCAAAUCAACUUUUAAUUAUUGAAUCGAGGUAUAAUUUGACUGUUGGAUUAUUCAUUUUAUGAAUGGAUUAUAGAAUCAACAAAACGAAAUCAUUUUUCCAUUAAUGAAUUCAUUAGUUUGUUACUGGCGGGAACGCUUGACCUCAGGUUUGACUGUAAAAGUGUCCAUGGAAGGCUUAUCUAAUAAAUAGGAAGGUAAAGUGUUCCAUUCUAUUAGAGUUCUAGUAAGAAAAUUCUACUUAUAGUUAUUGCUGUUACUACCAAUGUCUAUAAACUUGCUGCUAUGGUAAGAGUAUGUAACAUGGGUUUGGCGUGCAAUGUACUCUUGAAUAUUGACCCUAAUUUUAUUGUUCACCAUUUUGUACAUGGUAGUAUGUCGAGCAACUUUGCGUCUCAGUUCUAGUGAAUGAGCCUGUAGCCAUAAAUAUGGGUUGAUAGCCUCUUACACCGAAGAAAUGGCUAGGUUACCUGAUAGAACGGUGAUGCAAUGCAACACAACAUUUGACAAAUCAUGAUUGCCUUUUAUAUAAAGUAUGUGGCAAAUGUGUUGUCCUACUUGUAGAGCGAAAUGGUGUACCUUGAGGUCCCUAAUGUUUAAUAAGCUUUUAAAUUAUUACUGAUAAUCUAUGCCAGUGCUUCCUAUUAUUUUCUUUAAGCCUAUAUUUUUUUAAAAUUAUAUUUGAUACAAUUGUAUUCAAAAAGUAAGGCUUGUCAGCAAUCUUUGAUAUUUGUAAUAUCACCUGCUGUAAUCAAAGAUUGUUUUUGUUUCAUUUGCUUCAGGCAAGCUGGCGAACUUAUGACUGGUGGCACAAAAAGGUGCCUUUCAGUUUCAACUUUAGCAGAAGCAGAAUUUUACGCUGAUGGAGGCUUUGAUGACAUCACUUAUGCCUACCCACUAUCACCUGACAAAGUACCACAGGCCGCCCAACUGUUGAUUCGACUUCAAAACUUUCAUGUACUAAUUGAUAACCAUGUGGUGCUUGAUUCAUUGGUAGCUAACCAACCUCCACAAGGGAAAAGAUGGUCAGUUUUUCUUAAAGUUAACUGUGGCUAUAACCGAGGUAAUUCCUUUUAAACAAUGAGUGUAGUAUUUUAACAGAAAUGGAUUUAGCAGUAUACAUACAAAGCUUAAAAGCCAUUAUCCAGGGGUAGGUUUCUCUUAACCCCAAUAUCAGUGUGCAUAUUCUCCACACUGUUCUCUAUGUAUUUUUUCUGUCAGUAGCACUGACAAAGAGAAGUUGUUUAACAAUGUAAUGUUUUGUUAACCUGGUGAACAUGUUCAUUUGGUUCUCUUACCUUUUGGUCUCAUAUUUUAACUAAAAUACACUGGGUAACCCUGAAAGGAACAUUAACCACCCCCCCCAUCCACACUGUGACCCUUUGUCCCCCAACCUCAACUGAUGAAAUAAAUUAUUAAUUAAAAUUAAUUGUCAUUAAUGAUUAGUCAUAAUAAUGAUGACAAUGACAAAGAUAUGCCAAAAUCUUGACAAGGAUUAUAUGCUUUUGUGUAGAAUCAUUUAUUAAUGCCUCAAUCAAUCACCCAAAUGGAAACACUUCAAUGUUUAGACACAAUCAGUCCGGUGUGCGACAAACGCAGACUGCAGACUUGCAGACUUGCAAACUGACAGGUAAACGAGGUAAACAUUGUUGUGAACUUGUUUUUACACAUUCGCUAUCCCUAAACUUUAAGUCUUCUAAAAGUCUAGUUUAGGGAUAGGGAAUCUGUUAGAGCAUUAAUUUUCACAACAAUGUUUACCUCAUUUACCUGCCAGUCUGCAAGUCUGCAGUCUGCGUUUGUUGCACACGGCAAUCAGUCCUAUGUUUUAGAGGAACUGACAAGAUAAUCCUGAAUCUAAUAUUAUCCACCAUUAUUCUGUCAGGAAAUUGAAUGCAAAUGGUAGUGUUUGUUACUUCAAGUAAUAUAUCAAGCAUGAGACGUAGUGUUUCAUCACCGCACGAAAGACUGAGAAGAGAGUUGAAAAUGCAAUGUGCAGCAGAGUAUUUUUGAUGAACUUCAAGGUGUUUCAUCUUGUGAUGAAACACUGUGUCGAAUGUGUGAUAUUACUUCCCAUACAAAAUGAUUUUAGAAGAGGAAAUUACAGAUGCAAAACUGAGUAGUUUUUAAUCUGAUUUCCAAACACUCACUAAACAUUAAUUUACUUUGUAUUUUCUUUAUGAAUUAUAAAUGAGCUUGAAAAAUUCUGUAAUCUUUAAUUGUCUUAACUUUUUGUAAUAUGCGAAUUUUUGUGUGGUGCAGACUUUAUUUGCAUCAAGGCGUGUGGAAAAAAUACACAAAGUUUUAUGUUUUUUACGAAUUUUGUUGGUAUGGCAAAUCUUGGCAGACAGUGUGAAGUUCAGUGGUAAAUAUUUCCACAUCUGUUUCAGCGGGUGUGUCAUAUGAUGAUCCUAAAGGUUUGGAACUGGCCAAGGAGAUAGCUUCAAAGGAGUGUUUGACAUUCAAAGGACUUUAUAUUCAUGAAGGAAAUGCAUAUAAUUGUGCUGGUGUAGGAAAAAUUAAGGAGACAACAUCAGAAGCAUUGACAAAACUGCAAAUCAUUUUAAACAGGUAAGCUUGUUUACUUAGAUAAUACUUCUCCAGCACAUGUGGUUAUUUUUUAUCAGCCCAGUUAUGUAGUUCUACCUCCAUUGCUACUCUUAAGAUUUUUAAUACAAUAAUUAUACAGACUACAAUAUAUUUUUAAUGUUAAAGAAACAUGAAUGAAUUGCAUCUUCCAUGAGAACAUGCAUACAAUAGUACUAACAAUAAUAGGAUAUGAUCAUAAUAAUAAAUAAUAGUGUUUAUACUUUUCAGUGCUAAGCGCUUAUUGAAAGUCAAAGAGAUUUUCUCUCUGUCCAUUAUAUGGAGGGAGUGUCCAGAUGAUCAUCUUUGUCUGUUAAGUGGGAUGAUCGAUUUGACUCCUCUUUGGGUAUUGAACGAGUUAUAGCUACGUACCUGUAGGUGGUACAAUCAUCUCCCUCUUAGACAAACUCUGAUACCGUAGUAGUAAUCAAAUAUGUCCUUUGUAGGGAGAUCACUAUCCAACUUAUUGAAAGUCAAAGAGAUUUUCUCUGUGUCCAUUUUAUGGAGGUUUUCAUGUUUUAGAUGUGUCGGUUAAGAUAGAGAGUUAAUUACAUUUGGAGGGGGUCUUAGGUGUGAGUUUUGUAGAUUUAGAUCGAGGUAGUCCUAGGUCCUGGGUCUUGACUUAGGUCUUACCUUUGGGGACACCUGGCUGGAGAUUGGGUACCACCAGGAAUAUUUGCAAUAUUUUUGUGUCUAGUGUAGAAUAGUGAAAGAGCCAGACAAAAAUUUUACUUAAUGUAUUGAUAUUUGACUGGGGGUGGCUACAUUGUCCGAGUCUGUAUUACGAACGUUUGAUGCGUAGCAUAUAGCUUUAAUAGAAACCUCAAUGUCCUGCACGCAACGCAAAAAAGCUGGUCCAGCAUGUCAAAACUAUAGCAGGGAAUCUCAUACCCUGUCAUACUGUACUGUUAAAAUAACAAUUCAGAUCCAACACUUUGUACAAAACUAAGGAACCAAACCCUAAACUUUUAGGUUGAUGGGCCGCUUUUAAAAAUGAGAAAGGAAAAUCCUAACACCUACAGCUAGCGAUCAGAGGUCGAUUUCUAAUAGAGCAAAGAUAAGAAACUACAGGAAAUAACUGUACAGCAAAAGACCACAUGACCUCUCAGUGAAGGAAACGUUUGCUAAAUCUACGCUACGAAUCCUCCAAAACAGACUUUACCAGUUAAGGACAACAUAGGCACGUUAAACGUGCAUGAGCUAUUUUGAAUGCUUCAUUGUAACUAUAAUACUUCGGUGUAACCUUACCAAGAGUGAUGAAUCUACCUUUUUCAUCCUAAAUGUAGAUUUGGUUUUGUGCGAAACUGGAUAUUGCGCUACAUAAAUGAAAACGCGAAACGCUCAGCUGAGUCGAUCCUCAACCUAUAUAUUCACUUUCCUCUGUCUUUCCCUGUUACAUCUGGUGCAAGUUAAACAAAUUGUUAAAGUAAAAUAAAUUUCUACUCACCAAACGUUGAUUAGAAGGAAAACUCUAAGGUUUCCUCCGAGUUUCUUAAGCCAAAAUGUGACUCAUCGAAUACUGAAUAGUUACGAAAUACCAGGAUUUUUAUCAUUGUGGUAGAUGGUUGCAUCAUCAUAAUUCACGAGGUUUUCACGUGCGAUUCUACCUAGUGAAACAGUCUUUAACUCCGACAUCUUAUUUCUUCAUGUUUUAAAAGCUGUUGCUUCUUAAAAGACAAGAGCCUUUUUUAAGGCAUUGGUUACUAAACGAAACAGGUCUUCACACGUCCAAGUUACUGUUAUUAUUGUGAAAAGCCAAUGUGCAUGAGAUGUACAGUCACACAGCUGGCACGUGAAAGUGUUGGACUUUUGCCCCCUUUCGUGGCUCGUACGUGAGGGAAUUCGAGUUAUCACACAGUAAACUAGUAAACAGAAUUAUAAAAAUAACUCUUGCACACAAUUUGCACGUGAAGAAGUUGGUCUUUGGCCCUUUUACAAUUCGUACGUGAAAAAAAAAAGGCAAAUUGUUUACCACAAAAUUUUCUCAAACGAUUUUAAGAAAUCACCUCGGCUUUAUUACAACAUCUGCAAUUAAAUUAUGUUUCAUGCAACGUCAAGGUUGAUAACCUAACAUUUAUUAACAUUUGUGAGACAGUCUUUAACUCCGACAACUUAUUUCUUCAUGUUUUAAAAGCUAUUGCUUCUUAAAAGACAAGAGCCUUUUUUAGGGCAUUGGUUACUAAACGAAACAGGUCUUCAUAUGUCCAAGUUACUAUUAUUAUUGUGAAAAGCCAAUCUGCAUGAGAUGUACAGUCACAGCUGGCACGUGAAAGUGUUGGACUUUUGCCCCCUUUUGUGGCUCGUACGUGAGGGAAUUCGAGUUAUCACACAGUAAUCUAGUAAACAGAAUUAUAAAAAUAACUGAUGCACACAAUUUGCUUGUGAAGAUGUUGGUCUUUGGCCCUCUUACAAUUCGUACGUAAAAAAAAGGCAAAUUGUUUUACUACAAAAUUUUCUCAAGCGAUUUUAAGAAAUCACCUCGGCUUUAUUACAACAUCUGCAAUUAAAUUAUGUUUCAUGCAACGUCAAGGUUGAUAGCCUAACAUUUAUUUAACUUCCAAGAAAAUUAUCAAACUGCCGAAAUAUAUUUCUACUCGUAUCAUGUUACUCCACUCAAUACAACAGUAUCUAAUUAUUGUUGUCAACUAGCUUCUUCCAAUUUUAUUCCCUAACGCUACUGUUUCUACUUAAGUUACGCAUCUUUACUAAUUAAAAUACGUUUCAGAAACUAUAAUACUUAGUUUGCAGGAAGGAUGUAUCAUGUUGUUCACUUAUUAUUAUUUUUUUUUUUUUUGCCAGAACGAAAAAGGUCUGUUGAACUUUGUAAGCGAGAGAAUAAUAUUUUUAAAGCUUGUUUACAGGAUUAACAAUACUCGGUACAGCUUUCUCAAAAAUAAGCUGCCUUUUUAAACUUAAACCACAUUUUAUAGAGCGCAUACUUUCGAAUUAAAGUCUAUAUCUAAAUAUCAAUUAUUGCUUCAUUGGAAGAGCUUUGAAAAUAUAUGAUCUUUUAUACUCUACCCAGUUGUAGCACGUGAAACAGAACUCAUACUGACGUGCGUUGUACCGAUAGCCGAAUUAGGUCAGAAAUGCCUUGAAGCAGCAUCCAUACUAAAAUAUCAACCCUUAAACAGCUGCAUCACUGUACACAGCAUUUGAAUCAUGAAGAUAUUUAAUGUAAUUCUUCCAAACACCUGUAGCCGUAAUAAAAGACGAAAAAAUUGUGAAGAAUCAAGAUGGCGGUCUCAAAGUGCCCUUGCUCGACCUUUACCAAUGCCAUGUUUAAAUAGAUGCCAAGAUCUCAUUGGUUCCUAAGCAUCAACUCAUAGUACCUUCAACCUUAUUGGCUCUUGCAACAAACAUCCCAACAUACAAAGCCACAAAGAUACAUACGCUCACACCACUGACAUAUGAGCUAUUUUUUCAAAAUAGCUCAAAAAAUGAACGAGUAAGUGACGUAUUAGCAAGGGGUAAAUGCCUUGUAGGUAUACCAAAUCCCCUUCUUUAUAGUUUACGAAGGCUAAAACAAGUUUGGUGGAAAGGGUGGGUCAGGUUUAUGAGCUCUUUCAGUCUUUUCAAUUUGACUAUACAAUCAAUGAAUUAGAAUAUAACAAUACUCUAAAUUCACUUUGUUUUAACUUUUGAUCAAUGAUAAAGUGGACCUCUGGAACUUGUGGGGGGGGUGCGGGCGCACCCGUCGCGCCCCCCUUCCUACGGGCCUGAUUGUGGAAGUGAAAAUGGCGAGAAUUAAGUUAUAGUCAAGUUACUGUUAAUUGCAGGUUGCAAGAAGCUGGCAUCGAAUGUCCUGUUGUGGGGAUUGGAUCAACUCCAAGCUGCUCUAAGCCACCAGAUGAUUUGUUAAAAGGAAUCACGGAAUUUCAUCCAGGAAAUUAUGUCUUUUAUGGUUAGUAGGCAUGAAUACAGAGUAGUCAACUGAACAGAACUGUUUGCAGCUUGGUACGUUAGCUGGAUUGGAGUGGUAGUAAAUAAAUGUAAGUGUGGUAACUUUUAAUUAAUAUUCAACAUCACAGAAGAUUCCAGCGUUGCUGAAACAUGGAAGGCAUAUGGAUCAAUCAGUGUGAAUGCAGGUUGAAACCUAUAAAGAAUACCGAAAAGGUAAACAAAUGAUCGUAGGGAUCUCUAUUAUGUAGGAUGCUCAAAGUCUAUGUUAAGUGCCCAGUCUGACCACAGAAAUCAAAGUAUUGGUAUAUUGCAAUAAAGACCGAUGCUUUGGCAUACAGACCAGUCUAGGAUUACAAAUUAAAGCAAACACUUAGCGAAAUUUCCAGUCAUUAAAGACGCAAAAAAUCAAAUUACUAUAGUUACAAGCUCAUAGGCAUGAAGUCACUAGCAAUGUGAUGUCUACAUGCAUCCACCUUAACAAUUUGGCUUUUGUUUGCCCCAGUAAGUUGUUGUUGUUUUUGUUAUAGCAUGCCUGCUUGCAGCACCAGCCUCAUGUGUUGUGAAAGUGCAGACAAAGCCCCGGUAAUACGUGCAUUCUUCUUUCUUAGAUUAUCAGCAAUUCCUAAUCGGUUCAUGUGAUAUUAGUGACAUUGCUGUGCGAGUCUUGACGAGAGUGAUAGGAAAUUAUCCUGACAGAGGGCAAAUCUUAAUAGACUGUGGCUGGACAGGAUUAUCUCUUGAUAGCUUCGGAAAACUGAAAACAGGAUAUUGUUUCUUUGAAGGACACCCUAACCUCAAGUAAGAUUAUUGAUACUGUUAUUUUAGGGAGACCAUUAUCUUAAUGUAUAUCUUAAUAUACCCGAAACGUAUCGUAAUAAAGCUAUGUUUGGCUCAAUUGCACUAACCCAUGAGUGGUAAUCUUGGAAAUUAUCAGUGGGGUUGUGGGAACCUAAACCCUGACUAUAUUUUAGGCCUAACCUCGGGUUAACAAAGCUGGAUAGUAUUUAUAUCUACUGGGUAAAUCACUAUCCAUUAUGAAUAUUUUUUAAUGAAAAACAUCAUCAUACUGUGCUUAAAAACCUGGAGCCUUGUAGGCCUCCUAGUUAAGUAGUUAGAGCGUCAAGUUUUAAAAAAGGCGUAGAUUGCAAAAUUAGCUAAAAGAAAAAAGAAUCAUAGUAAAACUGUUUACACGUCUAAAGGAUUUUUUAAUCUUUUAUAAUGUAAAUUUAAAAGAUAAUUGCAAAAACAUUUACCUAAUAACGGAAACUAAAAAAAGAAAGACUGGGAAAUGAAAAGUCUAUGACAUAAGCUAUUUCUUGCUGUAGAUAACUGUCACGUGCGUGAAAGGUCAUCUGUUUGAUGUGUGUCACAAAAUUUUUAAUGGUAGAAGAAGUUUUUGGUCCGUAGUACCUGCAAUUGUACCCAGUAAUAUUUGUUCUUCACAUCGUAACGUGUGUUGCUUCUUAACUUCAGGAGAGUGCUUGGUGGAGUUGUUGUCGUUAUCUAAAUAGCUUUACAUUAUUAUACUAGGGGUACCUUCCGGCAAGUGCCAACGAGGCGAAUUUGUUUAUCUUUUGUGGAAUGUGCCUAUUCAGAUCUUCGCCAUAUAUACUUUUUUCAUAAUUUUAGAGGUUUAAAAUGGAUUCCGCUGUAGAAAAGGAUGGCACUCAACUUCAAAUCAACAACUUUGGCAAACUCUAGGCUUUCACUUUUAUUAAACAAUAACAACAUAGCUUGAAGCUUUGUUAGUAAUUAUGAGCAAGUUAGCACUUAUGUUUCAUGGAAAAUUCCAUUUUAUCAAAACUAUAAACUUUAGAAAGAAAAAAAAUUUCAAAUGAGGCCUUCAACUGCUGAAAUUAAAAGUAAUAAUUAAAUUCCGAGCAACAGCGUCAUUAGGGAUAAGACGGGUAAGACUAAUAGCGGAGCUCCACGCGCGCGAAGCGCGCGUGGGCGGAGCCCCAUAGCUUAGUAAAUCUACCCAUCCCAGAAAAUUUGGUAAUCACGUGACCGUACACCGACCGCCGACCGCCGACCGACCGUCCGUCCGCACCACAGGACAACCAAUGUUUACUCUCACACUUUUAGCUAGUUUGGGAGUCCAAGAGAAAACUAAUUGCACAUCAAUGUUGUGAUCAAUUGACAGCUGUCAAAACAGGGCAUCCGCUGACCAGUAUCACCUGACCGUAGCGCGGGCUCAAGUGACGACCCAUCGAGGUCGAGUAUUUUUUGAAGUUAUCCGCUGACAAAUUACCAGUUUGAAAUGAUCGCAGGCUCAAGUUUAUUUUUUCCAAGGAUUCAUAUCAAAUAUGUUGUGUUUAUGUCACUAUGGCCCCGCACUAUUAGGAUUUUGAUUUCAAACUGGCUUCGGAAGCGAAAAUUCAGCCAGUUUUUUUAAAAGUACAGGCGGGAAAGACCUUAUCUUACCAUGGUCACGCGUUAGUCACGCUCUACGUCCAAUUUUUAUACUCUGAUUGGUCAAAAUUUGACAGGUGAGUUCAUGCGAAAAUCAUGCAGCAUCUUGAAAAUUGUUUACUUUGACAGCUGAGGGUGAAGAGCUUUAUGUCAACUUGUAAUGUUUAUAACUGUCUUUUUCUUCUGCUAUCAGCUGCUAUCAAGAGUCUUCUGUUAUUCAUGGCUGGUUUGUUUACUGGGUUUUUGGUUGAGAAACGCGUCGCUUGUCAAAAUUUGGUAAUUCGAUUUCGGAUGGCAUCGUUUUCUUUUUUCACCUUGCUUAAUGCGUAAGAGGGUUUAAAAGUCUCAAGUAACUGUGGCCUUCCUUGAUAGCUUUCAGGAACUGAAUCUCGAAUGGUAAGCCUGAGUAACUAUUGUAUUUGAUGUUUGUUUUUGUUAUAUCUAAUUUCAUGAAGUCUUGCACAGUUCACGCUGACAGUUUAUGCGGCAAGUUUAUGCACGUUUGUAGCCGUAGUUUGAGUCAAUGAUCUGACCUAGUAUCAGGUUUGAACGGUUUGAUAUAAGCUUACAGAACUUUAAAAAGCCUUCAGAUAUAUUUGCUCACCACAGAUAGAAAGAAAACGUUCCGAAGAAUAUUUAGUUAUAAAUUUGGCUGUAGAAAGAAAACUUUGAGCGAUUUUCUUGCUUCGAGGAGUUCACCUUGGAAAACAGUAAACACCCGCGCCGGGAAGCCGGCUUAUAAAGCUUCACGCCGAGACUCAGGAUUUUUAGAGACACUUUAAUACUUGUCUUCAUGAAUGAAAAUUGUUAUCUCUAUAAAUGUUUCACCGAAUUAUAUUUCUUUUUUUGAUUGUUAGUAGUCUCUCCUGCAGUUUUAAUCGCUUGUCUGUGCCGUUUGUUUUCAUCGUUCAUGAACAUCGCUUGCAGGAGUACUCAAAAAUGUCGCGCGUAUCAAACGCUUCAUAAGAUUACACAUCGUUAUAACUGAAACCAUUAAAUAACAAAAAAAAAUAAUAAUAAAUUCGCUAUUAUGUUGAAGCUUAACUCUAUUAAAGUUCAUUCAAACACUCGACCACACUGACAGCUCGCACUAUAGAAACGAGAACCGGCUGGCCAUAUGGGUGAUUUUGGAACUUUUUGAACGGUUUCGCUUUACGAUUGAUCGUCCUGAAUAUUGAUUGAGUGCAAUUUGUCUUGAAAAAUUGUGAAAUAUUGCAUUAUGUCCGAGGUCUGUAUGAUAAAUAGUACUGUUUCACCUCAAAUGUGAUGUAUAAAAAUUAUAAAAGGUUGGUUUAAACACCCCCAGAUUUGUUGGCAAGAAUUUGUAAAGUAAACCUGUCGAACGCAAAAAAAUUCGGCGUGAUUUGUUUUCCAAGAAUUUGUUUUCGAGGCCUAAUCUACUGUGAUCUUGAAUGUGAUCGAAGAUGUUUGCUAUUUUUUGGGUGUACAUAUAAGGUUAUCAAUUCGAUGUAAGAUGUUUCACUCUAAAAUAACUUACCCUUUCCCUCAAAAUUCUGGAUUAAAAGUUUGUUGUUUGAUUUAAGCUAAAAAUUUAUUAAUUGAAGCUUCGCUUUUAGCCCUGGCUAAAUCUAUAUAUUAUUUCGCGUAGUAAUAUACAUAAGAAAAAAAUGGUGUAAAGUAAAAUGUGUGAAAAGCGCAAGAAUGGGGGGGGGGAGGAAUGUAUCAGAGGUAUAAAAAUAUAAACUUGAAUAAAAUACAAAGAACUAAUGAGGGAGUGUCACAGGACAAAGAUUCUCUUGGAAGGCACAAUGAUAGUCUUCAAAACAAAAGGUCCGCAAGUUCGUUGUAUUCCUCACGGGAGUUUUGGGCUGUCUCAAUGUAAAUCGAGCAGCAAAAAAACAUGCUGGUUGACAAAAUCUAAAGACGUGAAUAAAUUCUAAAAAAAGUCCGUAAAUACGUUGCACUCCUCACAGGAGGUGAGGACUGGCUCAAUGUAAAUCGACCUGCGAAGAACACGCUGGUUCUGAUGUAAGUUUUGAGAAUAUAAUCCUAUGCCUUGAUCAACUACCGCAUGAAAUUCAAUUCACAAAGGAAAAGAGAACACGGAAAACCCUGGCUCUGAGUCGAGAAGCGAACACGCUACCUCAUUGUAAAUGGAGCUGCAAAGAACAAGCUGGUUCUGACAAAAAUUUGAGCGUAAAACCCUAUUCCUUGAUCACCUGCUGCUUUAAACGCAAUUUAUAAAGCAGACCAGAGCACUAAUAGCCCUUUCAGACUAGAAAUCGUAUUAAAGCUUGCUCACCUGUUAGGGCAUCUUGAACAGACAACGAACAGCUGUACACUGAAUCACCCAAUUUCGGACCACGCGUUGUUAAUGCAAGACCAUGACGUCACUACCCAAAUAUGGGGUCUUAAUUACACCCAAAUAUGGUCAAAAAUGCAAAUUUUAGAGGGUUACGCAGAAUUUCAGAGGUUUUGCCUACAUCGUGCGGGAUUAUGAAUCUGCCGCCGAGGCAAUCUCGCUUCUUAGCUCGGUUGUCUCGUUGGCAAUAAAUGUACACACAUCUAAGACCUUCUGUUACUCAGAGUAGGCAUGUUUGUUGUCUUUAGAAGAGCAUAAGCCAUUAAAGUCCUAAUGAUCCCUAAUGUUAUCAUUAAAAAUAGAUCUCAUAGUACGCACGUUUAGUUGUCGAGUUUGGCAGCUUCUGUGUUGCCGCAGUGCAUUAUCCACUGGAUGGGGUUUGGCCCAUUCUUCUAAGUUCCAGUUACUGAUUGUCAGCCUUAACCAUUUUCAAAAACGUUUUCCGAGGCAAGAAAUUCCACAAAAUAAUAUAGGUUACUUUUGGCUAAAUUCAAAUACGUUUUCAUGGCUUGAGAUCGACAACCAAAACCAAAACGGCUUGAAAUUGUAUCACAGCACAGGAUGCAUAUAGUUCCCUUGAUCUGUGUUGUUAGUUAGCUUAUUUAUGGUAAAGGCGACCAGAAUUAAAAAUAAAAGAAAGACAGUAGAACUCAAAGGGAAUGUGGUAGUAAUGCCACAAGUGAGCAGCUACGUCGAUUUGAACUUGAGCCUGCCGUGAACAAAUCCAGCUACCAGUUAGCAGUCUAACCGUUAGGUCACGCUGCCUUCUCCCACAGACAGAUUGGUUUCACAGUAAUUUCACUCUAACGUUUAGGCUUGUAAAAAUGACGCAAGAAAUUGGCAUUGUAGAAGCAGCUGAAGGAUCUCUGGAUGUUUCUCUCUUCCCAAUUGGUAAAUUACUAAAGAUGAUACCUUAUCAUGUAAGUGUGGCCGCCGGCUUAAAUUUGUAUUCUACCCCAUGUACACAGAUCAGUUUCCUACAAGAGAGGAUAAAGGGGACAGAGAAGGCAUCCCCCAUACACACCCUAUUCCAUAGGUAAUUCGUCUCGAGUUAUUUUUAGAAUCGGGAUAAAGUUAACUCGCGCGCUGCGUGGAUGUUUCGUGGAGGUUUCGCAUGACUAAACGCCAUGCAAAACAUGUCGGGCGAAAGGCAAUGAAAGCGUAAAGAAAUCGAGAGCAUUUCUGAAUAUUGGAGCGAAAUGAGUCGGCGCUCACCUGGGAAAAGGGAAUCGCUCGACUCUUUGACAACCCGUGAAAUCAGUUUAACUCGAAGUUAUCGUAACCUCCGUGCCUUAAUAAAAUGAGAAAUUUCGCCGGUCUAUUGAAACCGGUCGUUUGUACAAUAAAGCAAGUCGCAAGUAAUAUUCAUUUACGUGUAAUUAGUUUUACAAAUUUUAAUUUUAUUGUAGUUUUUUUAAGUUGUUAAGGUAAUCGCUCGACUCUUUGACAACCCGUGAAAUCAGUUUAACUCGAAGUUAUCUUAACCUCCGUGCUUUAAUAAAAUGAGAAAUUUCGCCGGUCUAUUGAAACCGGUCGUUUGUACAAUAAAGCAAGUCGCAAGUAAUAUUCAUUUACGUGUAAUUAGUUUUACAAAUUUUAAUUUUAUUGUAGUUUUUUUAAGUUGUUAAGCGCUGUUGAUCAGUGAAUGUAAAUAGCGCUCUAGAAGUUAUUAAGUUAUUAUUAUUAUAGGACACCAAGUGUUAUUUUUGUUGAAUAAUAAAAGACUAAUAAAAGAAUAAACCAGAAAUUGCUCUCUUCAAACUGUAAAUUAUAAAUGAUCCUGAGAGAAUAUUCACUGUGUUAAGGAUUUCCCUGCUGUACUGUUAGCUCUAUACAAGAGGGGAAGGGCGAUUCUUUUUUGAUUUCCGUUUCGCUGACACAGCUUUAGCAGAAAUCUCUCUUUAGUCGUUUUCGUCGACAAAACGAAUAGCAAUAUUGCUCUCCGCGUCUUCCGCCAUUUUUUUCUGCCUCAAUUCGUGAAGGACGCGUGGCUCUGAGCGUGGGUCAUCCACGCGGAACACAUUCCCGCUAUGUGAUUGGCUGUUGUCUACUCCCCCUUGGGAUCUGUGGUCUUAAAAAUAACUCGAGACGAAUUACCUAUGGAAUAGGGUGUGUAUGGAGGAUGCCUUCUCUGUCCCCUUUAUCCUCUCUUGGUUUCCUACUAACAGAGUCUUCUUCUCCGUGCAAUGACAGAUUCAAGAAAACAUAAAACUUAAGACGGAAACCAUCAGAAAAUUGAGUAUUAUUAAUUUUCAUUGGACAAAAAACUUUGUACCAGAAUAAUUUAAACAAUAUCGCAUUCUUUUUUACAUUUUUCAAGGGCUAUAGAAUGUAAUUAGUUAUCUGUGAUAACACCAAAGAAAAUUUCUUAUGAGAGCCCGAGAAAAUAAAUGUCAAAUUUCACAAACUGACAUCUUACACAUGAAAUUUUCAAAAUGUUACCUGUGUUUUCACAAUCCUCGUGAAAUUUGACAUUUAUCUUCUCGGGCUCCCAUGAAAAAUAGUCUUUGGUGUUAUUACAGAUAGUAAAUUAUAUCUAUAGCCAUUCAAAAAUGUAAAAGAGAUUGCGGUAUUGUUUAAAUUAUUCUGGUACAAGGUUUUUGUCCUCUGAAAGUUCAGAUUACUCAAGUUCCUAAUGGAUUCGGUCUGAAUCCUUUUUUGUUGGGCUGUUUUUUUAAGAAUGCCUUGGGGUUCUCUGGGCAGAACUCCAGUAUUCGUCUUCUUGCUUUUUAAAAGCGCAAUUCCUGUUUAUUUUAUAUCUCUGCUGCAAUUAACAGUGACCUAUUUAUGGCUAAUCAUAACUUUACAAAAUUCUACAGACUGAUUGGCUAUCAGCAGCCCUGAUCUCAGCAUACACUGUAAUUUUUAGGGAGUUAUUAUAACUCCAAAAAUGGAGUAAAAAUUUUAGGAUAACCCCUUUUGGGGGCUAUUUUAACUCCUAAUUUAACUCCGAAUUUGGGGUCAUUUUUACUCCUGAAAGAGAGUUCUUUUUACUCCCAGUCUGGAGUUAAAAUAACUCCGAAACGGGGUUACUUUUACUCCUUACAUGGGUUGUUUUUACUCUUUUGGGACUUAAUUUAACUCUGAAAGUGGAGUAAAACUUUUAGGUACAGGAUAACUCCUUUUUUGGGGUUAUUUAAACUCCUCAAUAUCUGGGGUCACUUUUACUCCUGAGAAAGAGUUCUUUAAACUCUUUUCUGGAGUUAAAAUCUCCCCAAAAAAUAAGCCCCACUAGAGGAGUUAUUAUAACUCCUUGAAAAUUACUGUGUAAUGGCACACUGUAAUAGGGCAAUACGUGUCAUGGCUAAGCAAUUGGACAGUACUGGCCAUUGCGCGCACGCACUUGAAUGGUUUUAUUUUUGGUUCACUUCCGAAAAAACUCAGGGAAGAUAUUUUAUUUUUUAAAAACGUAAACAUUUGUUAUAUUUAUGAUUAAUUGACAACAGAACUUCGUGUCCAUCAAUUCGGCCUCAGUAAUCAUACCCGUGAUUUAAUACAGGCCGAAUUGGACUACACUCAGUCAUGCUAUCAUUCUAAAGUUUAUCGAAUCAGAUUUCUAGAAAGUCGCCUGCGUCGCAGAGGUAAUUUAACCUCGUUUGUAACGUCUGCGAGGCAGAGCCCAUAUCCUUGUUCUGAGCCACCAAAUUACCGGAAGUACGUUUUGAAUUUCCUUUUAUCCUGAUUGGCAAAUUGACAAUGGCUUUUUUUAAAUGAUAAAACAUGUACACUCUACCACAUCUAUAUGCACAAAAUACACUACCUACAUCAUAAUAAUAACUACUAAAAAGAAUAUUUAGGUACUGUUACUACUAUUACAAAAAUAGGACAUAAGUUUUUUUGAAUUUUAAUUCUCACUAUCGCGGGCAAAAUAACUGAAACUUUUCCCAUUUACUUUGCUGGUCUUUGUUAUUCGAUUUCAUUCGUUUCUUCUCUAACUGGUGAACAUAACUGACUUUAUUGUAAAAAAGUGUGAAGGAAGGAUAAGUGCAUUUAUUACGACAUUCAUAAAUAUGUUGCUUAGCUAAGACUAACAUGUGAUUAAUAAACAAGUAAUCUUCUUUCCUUUGCCAAAAUCCAAAGAGUAACUAGCUGUCUGAAAGGUCCCUUAAGAUUAUGUUUAGUUCACAUGUAAUAAAGUCAGAACAGAAUAUUUUUUUUGGCGCGUACUCAAAUCCUGGUACAUAGAUGGUGGCCCAGAACACGGAUUUCGGCGCUGUUUCGCAGACGGACUUAACCAGAGUUUAGCUUCGUCUGUGGCACAGGCAAAAUAGAAAGUUGCUGAGUUAUUGCUUGUUAAUCUUGAUUGCCCCCCCCCCCUACAGUGAUGUCCUGUAAAACUGCAGUGCUACAAAUAACGGUUGAUCAUUGAACAAUUUCGGACAAAAAUUAACCAUGCCCGACAUAUCCUACCUUUGAUCGGACGUGAUUUGCUUAGUAAUCAAAGAAUUAGUUAACUUAUGUGUCCUACAACCUGUCUGGUUUUUUCCACGCAAAUGUUAAUCUGGUCAGAGACAAGUCAUUUUUAAAAAGAAUAAUUAUUUGCAAACCUGCACUGUAUUAAUAUACAGGUUAAACUGAUGAAAGAAUCAAGCUAUGGAAGUGACCUUGUACAUUUUACUUUAAAUUUUCAGGCAUGCAACACUGCAUAUAUGCAUCCUGUUUAUUAUGUUGUGGAUGGAGACUCAAUAGUCGAUAAAUGGAUCCCUAACAGAGGCUGGUGACAUCACAUUCAUCAGCAAGCAGUCCUUAUAGUUUACUCAACC